CUACACCAUCUUACUCCAUCUUGUCUAGUUGGACAGAAGUUCUCUCUUUCUUGGCUGACUCCAACUACUACACCGCAACUUCUUGUGCCCCUUGUUCCAGCCAUCACAAUUGAGCAUGGCUAGGAAGUGCUCAAGUUGUGGAAACAAUGGCCACAACUCCAGAACUUGCAGUGGUCACAGAUGCCAAGUGACCAGCAUUAGCAUCAACAGCACUAGUACUACUACUAGCUGUGGUAGCUUGAGGCUGUUUGGGGUGCAGCUGCAGGUAGGCUCCUCUCCUCUCAAGAAGUGCCUCAGCAUGGAGUGCCUGUCACCUAUUGCCUGCUAUGGAGCUGCUGCUGCUUCGUCAAGCUUGUCGCCUUCUGUGUCAUCGUCUUCGUCUUCGCUUGCCUCGAUAGAGGAGAGCUCCCAGAGGAUCACCGGAGGGUACGUGUCGGAUGGCCUCGUGGUCAGGGUUCAGGACAGGAAGAAAGGAGUUCCAUGGACCGAGGAAGAGCACCGGAUGUUCCUUGCCGGCCUAGACAAGCUUGGGAGGGGCGAUUGGCGAGGCAUUUCCCGACACUUUGUCACGACACGGACACCGACGCAGGUGGCCAGCCAUGCUCAGAAGUACUUCCUGAGGCAGAACAGCCUCACUCAAAAGAAGAGGAGGUCCAGCCUCUUUGAUGCGGAUGAAGGUGCCAACAAGGCAGCACUCCGCAGGACAGCAUCAGUAUCCGAGCUGCAAUUCCCCAGCCUGUCGCCGGUGGCCGUCGACGCAAGGACGACGAAGGGAGCUGUGCCGCUGCCACCAUGCCUGAACCUGAUGAUGAGCAGCGCAUCACAGUGUGCUGGUAGUGGUAGUGGUAGUAGUGAUGCAUCACAGACACAGAACCCAUCUUCCCUCUACCUGAUGGCAAAGCCGCAUCAGGCACAACUCCAGAUGCCUGAUCUGGAGCUGAAGAUGUCGACAUCCCGGUUAUCUGAACAGCCUGGUGGUGCCUCCCGGGGAACGCCUCUUUUUGGAACUAUCAGAGUUACCUGAUCUUCUUCUAUCCUCGGUUCUCAUCAAAAAGAAGGAUGGGAAUCGGAAACUGGCGUCUAGGAGAUAAGGAAACAGAAGCAGCAGGAAGCUAUACUGUAAUUUCCUAGCAUGAUCAAUCACGCCGGCUGAAAAAAAAAGAACAAAGCAAAGAGAAGCAAUAAAUUAUGUAUCUUGUUAUCAUAUUUCUCUUAUCAUCUUAGCUUUAUGUUGACACAAAGGGAUGGCAAAGUAGUUUCCCGUCAUAUUUCAGAGCGUGGAAAAGGUGAAAGAUGAGCCUACAAUAUUCAGUUUGCACUUGCAGUGAUCACUGACAAGGACAGGCAGAAUGACCUCCACUGCACACAAACAUGAUCAUGUCACCCUUCUUGUAGAAUACCUUAGCUUCCCUGAAUGCAUGCAUGAACCCAAUUUGCGAGCUAUCAAAAUUAGUUCUACAUGUUCUUGUGACUGUUACCAGUUCUGUACUGACAUAUAAAGAUCUAUCAAUCAUUGUUCUC